AGGCUAAAACACAACAAUAUUAUAAAAAAAGAAAACCGAGAGCUACCUAGGGUGUAGGGCGCAUGAGCGCGCAUCAUAUUACGUCUUGCUUUUGGGGAAGCGGGUGUGUUUGUAAUGAAUCAUGGACUGAUUAGAGGAGGGUUCUGAUUGUGAAGGGCUGGUAUGGAAUGAUGGAUGAAUGGAUGGAUGGAUAUAUGAAUUAAAGGCGCUCUCUCGACACCAACACGACGACAAAACAACAGAGACCAUGCAUACGCAUAUAUGAAAGCACAACACGUGCUACCCAUUUGUAUACACACAAUUGUUUAUUCGAGGAAAGAGAAACACAUAGGAAUGGCGGUACACACGCACACCACAGAGUAAAUAAAUAUGAUCCGCUAUAGGAACUCAGUGAAAACAGGAUAACAUCAAGCAAAACAUAAUAUUAUAAACGCAAAACAUGCAAGAGAACAAACAAGAGAAUACAAAACAAAAAGGAAACCUAAUAGAAACAUAAACAUUAAACAAACACGUGAAAGUGCCUACCGUAAAAAGCGAGAUAACGUACACAGUUUUGUCUACGUUGGUGUGUGUGUGUGUGUGUGUGUAUGUGUGUUUGGGUGUGCCAGAGUGUGGUGCGUGUUAGCCGGACUCGAACUUCCCCACUGUGAACGGCCUCUUGCGCGUCUUCAAAUAUGACGAAACACGAAACACAAGGAACGAAGAUUCUAGUGCUACUGACGACAAUGAUUUGGGCUGAUUCCGCGAAUCACGAUUACGAAUGAUUUACAAUGCAUUCAUUUUAUCAUUUUAUACAUGGUUUUGACCUUUUCCUUUUUGAAUGCCUUAUCGGUUCUUCGAUGACGUGAGCACAGGAGCAAAGUACGCAGUAACAAUAGAGCAAGUAUUAUCAAACCACAGACAGGUCAACAAAAGAGAGAAUACUAAUCCGGAAAGGAUUUUGAUAAGCGCAACAGCAACUAUAGCAGCCACAAGGGAUGCGGUGGGCGAGAUGAACGAACGAGUGACGCGCUAGGAUGUACACGAUUCAUUUUGUAACUAUCAUUUUUAUCAAUCAUCGUAGUUAUUAAAAGAUCAACAAUCAUCUUAAUUAUUCUAGCAAACUAUCAUUAUCCCUUAAAUUGCUACACAGUCGCGGAAACAGAAUGUAUCAUUUGUUCACGAGAGAAAUAUUAACAAUAAUUGUGAGAUAAAAACCAUUAUGCCGC